AAGAAAGCGAUUCCCGCGUUGAUAGUUAGUUAGAUCUGAAAUAUGUUAUUGAAUCAAAUGUUCUGGUAUUUAUUCCAGGCUUAAAAGUAGAGGAAAACUUGGCUUUGUCCUGACAGCUCCAUCAUGUUCCUCCCGCGCCUCUACCGGUCAUCCCAGGUUGUUCUGUAAUCCAUUAUCUACAUUGGCAGACGACUGACUCCACAGGUUAAUAGUUAGCAAUGCUAGCGUUUCCCUUGUUUUGUAAACGGCGGUUUUCUUUCAGGCGCUAAGUUGCUAAGUUGUUCUACAUACUUCAGGAAAAGAGACGAAUAUGAAGAAUGCAUAAAUUGGAAAUCUGUGCGCGUCAACCAGGCAAGCCAAGAAGAAAGAUCAUUUUCAACGAGUUGAAAUCCCAGGUAAGCUGUUAUUCUAAGCGGCAUGGACAUUGCUGGAGAUAACAGGAGAGACGCCCGGUAUUCUGAUGGAGAUCAUAAACAGUGGCUAAUGGACAGACGAGGAGACAUGGAUCAGAGGAGCCGGGAUGGAGUGGAGGGGUGGCGGCUGGUCGAGGUCCUGCUCUCCGGGGGAGCUCCAUGGGGGUUCACACUCAAAGGAGGUCGAGAGCACAGAGAGGCUUUGCUGAUAACAAAGGUGGAAGAGGGCAGUGAAGCAGCAGCCGUCGGCCUCCAGACUGGAGAUGAGAUCGUGAACAUCAACCAGGUCCCUCUGACUGGAUACAGACAGGAGGCCAUCUGCCUGGUCAAGGGGUCACACAGAACACUCACUCUGGUGGUUAAAAGGGUGAUGCGAAUGGUGGAUAUAGUAGCCUCAGGGAAAAUGCCCUCAGAGACUGAUGUCCAUGUGGCCCGGAGCUUUCUCACCAAGAUAUUACGAAGCUCCAUGAGAAAGAACCGGUUUAAAGGGAAGAAUGAGCCUGUCAGCAGGCCCCACUCCUGGCAUGCCACCAAGUUCAAUGAGAUCCAGUCAGAGACUGUAAAGACCCAGUCUUCACUUCGAUAUGAUGCAAGUUCCUCAUCUACAGACCUAUCGUCUGGGGGCUGGGACCAGACUAACCUACGCAGAGGAUCAGACCAGUUCAGUUCUCUGGGCAGCAUGGACAGUUUAGACCCAGGUCUGGGGCAGGUCUCUGUUUCCCAGCAGCCCUCUGGUCACCUCUCCCCAGCCAAGUCCCACACUAGCACAGAGCACCUUGGAGGGGGCAAGAGAGACUCCGCCUACAGCUCAUUCUCCACCAGCUCUGGUACCCCCGACCACACCCUGUCAAAAACACCGGAUUACACAAAGACCCCCGACCACACCUUUUCAAAAACACCAGACUACACCAAGACACCCGACCACACCCUUUCACAAACACCAGACUACACCAAGACACCCGACCACACCCUGUCACAAACACCAGACUACACCAAGACACCCGACCACACCCUGUCACAAACACCAGACUACACCAAGACCACCCUGUCUAAAAACAACGCCUCCUCCACGGAGAACAUGCUGUAUAAGGUCAGUCACUGGGACUCAGGGGGGCGCUCCAGUAACACCAGAUCCAGUAUUGAUGGGGCCAGACAGGACGAGAGGCCAGUGUAUCUCCAGCUGGCUGGGGGGCAGGGUGCGGGGAAGGGCAGUUUUGGAUCAGACAAACUCCCAGGAUCCCGGCUGUCCUCCAGCUCUGUUAGAACCAGCUCUGGCCCCGUCUGGCACGUUCCUGACAAGAAGAAGACCUCUGCUCCCUCCUCUCCUCCUCCUCCCCCGCCUUUGCGCAGCGACAGCUUUGCUGCCACCAAAUCUCAUGAGAAGGGGCUGGUUAUGAGCUGUGCUGAUGGGGUGGAAGUCCACUCGCCCCCUGGACCCGCUGCUACAGGACUGGCCAAAGAGAUGGACCCUGAUGACAACAUCGCUGGCCGUGGUCAUCACCCUCUGACCUCUAAGACUGUCACAGUCCCCCAUUAUGUUUCACCAGAGAGCUCCAAUCAGAACCAGCUGUAUGCUUCGUCCAGUGGUGAUGUGAAGCAGGGCCAAAGGCCCCAUCACCAGAGGCCCCAUCACCAGAGGCAGCGCAGUGAUGAGACCCCUCUGUACUCCCAGCCCCACCCUUCAUCUGGCCCCAGAAAACACAACACCACCGGGUAUUACAGCAGCAUGCAAGAGUUACCCACCAACUACAGUAACCAGAACCCCCCGUUAUACAGCAAGUCCAGAACCAGGCCGCCCAACACCCCCCUUUCCUCCUCCACUAUGAACCAGACAGCCGACAGCCCCGGGGCCAGCCGAUGUUACUGCGUGGCAGCCAGACAGCCUGGCCAGACGGUUACCCAGGCCUUGCUGGUCAAGACGGAUGACCGGAGGGGCGCUGGGGGAGAAAGAUGUGCAGCUGCCUCAGAGGGGGUACGGGCAGUGGUGGACAGGAUAUCACCCAGUCCUCAAGGGCCAGGGCUUACCAAGUACCAGCCACCUGUUCACCCCAACAAUCCCCCACCAUACCCCAGUAACAAGGACAUGAAUGGAUACCCCCAACAAGAUAAUCCACGUCACAAGCAGACUGUUGCUGUUACUGCUGCUGGUCUUCUGGACUCAUCUACAUGUCCUGCUAGCUCUGAGGACCAGACCGGCCGGAGGAGGUCCAGCAGUCAGACUGUGGAGCCCCACUACAUGAGUUACCCCCCCAGCAGACAGGCUGACCAGAGGAGGUCUCUGUCUCUCCAGCAGGACAACUCAAACUCGACCAGGCCCGGUCCAUUCAGUCCACAGGACACCUCGACCACGCCCGGUCCAUUCAGUCCAAAGACCAGCCCCAUGCUGCACUCCCUCUCCCAGGAGGCCCCAGGCCUUGGGGCUAGAGAAUGCCCCAGCAAAGAGGGUGGUCAGGAGGCUCCGGAUCCCUUCAGUGAUAAACAGUGCAAGCGCAGCGAACGGUUCGCCACCACGCUGAGAAAUGAGAUCCAGAUGAGACGGGCCAGGUUGCAGAACAGUCAAAGUUCUGCUGACCUGAGUGGACAACGUGAAGGCGAAGAGGACGAGGCUCCAGGUGUCGGCACCUCCAACUGCCCCUCAUCAGAUGGCUCCUUCACCUCCACCUAUAAGGAUCACCUGAAGGAAGCCCAGGCCAGGGUGUUGAAGGCCACUUCCUUUAGGAGGAAGGACCUGGAGCUCGUUGUUUUGGAGCACCCCAGGGCAGAGGCAGGGUCCCUGCCUGGCUUCCCCUCCUCUGGCGCAGGAAAGAAAGCCAACCAUCACUUGCCCAGCCUUUCAGAGGACAUGCCAGCUAGGUCUGGCUCGGCCCAGGGGCAGGUGACCCGUAUCGGGGGCAGGAAGCGCUUCACUGCGGAGAAGAAGGUCCGCUCUUUUUCAGAGCCAGAUAAGAUCAAUGAGGUGGGGGUGGAUGAGGGGGUGGCUAAUCCUGAGGCGGUAGGAUCCUCCAUCUCCAGACCGGCAUUCACCCGACCUGCCCCUACAGCCAGCCUACAAGCCUCCGUGGAGGACUGUUGUGAGGCCAAGGAGGCAACUGGUGGGACUUGUAUUCCCAGUAGUAGACCUCCCCCAGAGGGAGGUCAGUGUCUGGACCUUGUGGAGCAGCAGAGGCUGGGGACCUUUGCUGAGUAUGAGGCCACCUGGAACGUCCAGAAGAAACUAGUUGAGAUCAGACCCUCGAGCCGCUACCACUCUGCUGAUAACAUCCUGGACCCUGGAGGGCAAGACCUGUCCAAACCAGCCCCAGUUCACGAGAGAUCUCGCUCAUCCCCCUCCUCUGACUUCUACAGCAAGACCCAGAACGUUCCUGCUCCAGGGCGGAAGUCAGCGGAGUAUUGCCAACCAGAAAGUAACCCUAUUGAACAGAAGAACCCGGACACAAGGCACAGCGGGUGGAAAACCAGGGAGAAGACUGAAGAGCUAGAAGAUUUCCCAGAACCCCCUUCACCCGUGAUCGACCAGGAGGCUACUGACAUACGACCCCCUGCUGUCCCAUACGACCCCACCCCUAACCUUAACCGCACCCCUGACUACCACAGACCCACCUCCAUCCCUGACCUUAACCCCACCCCUGACUACCACAGACCCACCUCCAUCCCUGACCCGGCCCUGGACACAGACCGCCCCCCCCCUCCAGACCUGUCCAACCCCACUAACCUUCACCUCCACUAUGGCCCAAGGAGGAAUGCUCCUGUCCCACCUCCAACCAGACAGGACCAGUCCAUAGAGCCAGAGAACAGCCACUCCCAGGAGUCUCAUCCUGGCUCUGAGGGCAGAACCUCCACCUACACCCUCCUGAUCAGAGAGCAUAGCCCCGCCCCCGUCUCCACCCACUCCCCAAGGAAAGAUUCUGAGAAGAGUAGAGGAUUGUUGAAGGAGACCAUUCACCCGGCAGUGCCGUCCAGUCCUGGCCCAGCCCUUCCCACCCUACCCCGUGUAGCCCGACCCAGUAUGGAGGACCAGGUCCAUCGUUCUCCCUCUCCUCAGUUCGCUCCUCAGAGGCUGACCGACAAGCCGCCUGUGUUGCUCCACUUACACCAGGACAGCCCUGGCUCUGACCUCAACACCAGGGUGGACGCUGUGAUGGAGUCUUCCGGUAGCUCUGUGAGGAAGGUUCCUAUACAGAUUGUCCACUCAGAGACCCAGACUGAGAAGGAGCGUCGACAGUACCUCCUGCAGCACAGUGACUCUGCAGAAGUUGGAUCCCAGGUGCCCGGGCUGGCUCCUCUCAGCAGCCUAGGGCCGUCAGGAGACCCAGACCAGUCCUAUUCUCUGUUCUGUGCCUACAGCCGUCAGAGAGACCCUGCCUCAGUGCUGCCUCCACCUCCCGCCCCAUACACAACUUCUGAGACGGGUCAACACCGAGACCCAGACGAGGCUCCUUUCAGCUACCAAGCUGCUCUGCUCCAAUCACUGCCCUGCCAGCAGAUAGCCCCGCCCCCAAACGGCCCCAGCCAACAGAAGGCGUCACCACUAGCCCCGCCCCAUGACCCCCCUGGCAGUAACGACCUAUCUCCUUCCGGCCCUGUCCUCCACUCUGAGGAGGAUUUGAAGAGAGAGGAGCUAGCUAGGGACAUCCUGAAUAAAGACCGCUCCCUAGCUGACAUCCUGGACCAGAGCGGCAGGAGGACCACCAUGGACCUGAUGGAAGGCUUGUUCCCCCAGGGAGAGGUGCUGCUGGAAGGGAAGGCGAGGAGAAAGUUCUCUCCUAAAGAUACCAAGUCACCACAUCCCUCUGAGGACAGGAAUGACAACAGUGUUGCUGCUGCCGCUGCCUUGGUGACUAACUCCGCCUACUACAGCACGUCAGCGCCUAAGGCGGAGCUUCUCAUCAAGCUUAAAGACAUGCAGGAGAGGGAGGAGUUAGAGGAGGAGGUGGAGUCAGAGGAGGAGCUGGAUCACGACCUGGCCAUUAAGAAGCAGGAGCUGGUGGACAGCCUGAGCAGGAAGCUACAGGUGCUGCGUGAGGCCAGGGAGAGCCUCCAGGAGGACGUCCAGGACAACAAUGCCCUGGGCCUGGAGGUGGAGGCCACGGUGCAGCAGCUCUGUAAGCCCAACCAGCUGGACAAGUUCCGGAUGUUUGUAGGAGACCUGGACAAGGUGGUUAGUCUUCUGCUGUCGCUGUCUGGACGCCUGGCCAGGGUGGAGAAUGCCCUGAACAGUCUGGAGGAGGACGUGGCCUGUGAGGAGAGGAGGACUCUGAUGGAGAAGAGGAAAUUGCUGGUUCGGCAGCAUGAGGAUGCCAAGGAGCUGAAGGAGAACCUGGACCGGCGGGAGAAAGUGGUCUAUGACAUCCUGGCCUCCUACUUGAAGGAGGAAAGCCUGGCUGACUACGAACACUUUGUCAAGAUGAAGUCGGCCCUCAUCAUCGAACAGCGCAAGCUGGAUGACAAGAUCAAACUGGGAGAAGAGCAGCUCAAAUGUCUGAUGGACAGCCUUCCACUGGAGCAGAGGGUCAAUCUCUGACCUGUGACCCCUACAGUGAAGAAUGAAGAGGGAGCUGUGACCUCUGGGUCAGAGGGUGAAUGUGUUGUCUGACUGAUUCAAAAUGGCCCUCCAGCACCACUGGGUGGCAGCAAAGAGCCGAGCUCAGAGGCUCAACACAUCAUAUCCUCUGAACCAGCCAAAUGGCAGAUCACACACAUUUAAAUAUGAACUAUUAAAACUGUAUUUACACAGGACUGCUCUCCCAUGGACCAUGAUGUCACCAUCUGGAAUUCGCCACACACAGAUAAGAGUCUCGGACACUGUUCCCAAUGGCGACAGAUAUUACAUUGAGGAAUAAUUUACUUUUGUUUUUAGUAAUUUAUUGUAGCCUGUUGAAUCUGUACUGAGGGGUAGUGUAGGACAGUAUUUUAUCCUACAGUGAUUUUACCUGUUAUUCAACAAUAACAUUGAUAAACUACACAUUUGUCAUCUCCAUAUUGCAAAAUGAUCUUCUUGAUAUUUCAGUGAAAGGUUACUGUUGUCCUUUUCCAAAACGAGUGGCCUUUCGUUCCAAUGUUGUUUCAUGCUGUGUCCCCCUUUACAUUUUUUUGUAACAAUUCUUUAUUUUCAUUUGAAGCAUUAUGAUGAUUACUACCAUGUAAUGGCAGGUGGACAUGCUAGUCCUUCACUGUGUAAGGAAUAGUAUUGUCAAGAGGCACUUUGCUCAACAAACUAAGACAGAUUUGGCACUUCGAAUCCCAUGAUCCUCCAGUCAUAGAGCUGGUCUUAUUUGCAUGAUUCUUCUGUUGGUCAUAUUUGCUUGCUAGUUUGCUGUGUGUGUGGGUCCUUCCAUCAAAUUAGUACCUUUUGGGGAAUUUAACUUGGACAAAUGUAGUUCAAAAAUAAUAAAAUCUUCCCAUCGCAAGAAUGUAUACGAAAUAAAAUACUAUUGUGAAGUGCCAUAUGAAGAAACAGGUCUGACCAUUUCAUCUUAAGUCAGCCAAACAGUUGACAUGGAGGAACAACAAAACGCACAUUUCGCAAAACACAAAUGUAAUUCUUAAAACAUUUCCAUCCUGUCUAUCUGUGGGUAACAGGGUUGACCUGCUCACAUUUCACACCAGAACAUGGAAAAAAAAGUACAACCAGCUCACAAGCUGUUUACGCAUGGAUUUGAGUAUGUAUUGAUUUUUUUACCAUUUAUUAAGGCAAAAGUUCAGUUCACCUAAAAAAAAUUUAUUUAGAAUAUAUAAAUAUUUUCUAAGCAAUGGAGCUGGGCUUCACACUCAUGGUUGAAGUCACCUUUCCAUUUGAGCACAGAGGGUUCCAUUUGGCACUUUAUAUUCUCUUAAUAUUCAAAACUUUAUGAAUUGCAUUUUCCACAAGGUUUCUUUCAAAGGGCACUUUAAUAAUUCAGGCUUUUACAUUUCUUAUUAAAAUAAUAAAUCAACGCCAAAGGUAAUCUUUGAGUGGAAUGACCCAUAUAUUGGUGACUGUUACCUUCUGCUUUUUUCUCUUAAUUGUGUUACUCGUGGUGCUAUGUUGGGCAUAAGUUCAGUUGAUCAUCGUGUUAUCUUUAUAUAAUAUAUUGCCCAGACAACUGGAGCAUUCAGAGGAAUUCACUAUUAACCUAUAACCCAAAUAAAGGAAACAAACAUUUUGAUUAACAGAGUUACGCAAUGUAUUAUGUGAUAUGAAGGACAACGUGGUCACCAUCAAGUUUCAGGUAAUUUCCCAAAGGGUCCAAUGAGUCCGUGUGUGUGUGUGUGUGUGUGUGAGUGUCUGUAUGUGUCUGGCUCUGCUGGGCUGCUUUAUAUCAAAUAAACAGGCUUCUUUAAGGAA